CGCUCUUGUCGUUUGUCUUCGCGAUGACGUCACGGCGGACACGCCCAGCCUCUUCCUCGCUGCUGUGAGUAAAGUCGGAAACACAAGUUCAACCGCAUCUUUUAUGUAACGUUAGCCGAAUACCGUUACUCUGCUACCGAGCCAAAGCAAGGUAGCCAGACAGGAGAAACUGAAAACAUGGCGAAAACGUACGAUUAUCUGUUCAAACUGCUGCUUAUCGGAGACAGCGGGGUGGGCAAGACGUGCCUGCUAUUUCGAUUCAGUGAGGACGCGUUCAACACCACUUUCAUCUCCACUAUAGGAAUUGACUUUAAAAUCAGAACAAUUGAGCUGGAUGGGAAGAAGAUCAAGCUUCAGAUCUGGGAUACAGCCGGACAAGAGAGGUUCAGAACCAUCACCACUGCUUAUUAUAGAGGAGCAAUGGGAAUUAUGCUGGUGUAUGAUAUCACAAAUGAGAAAUCAUUUGAGAACAUCAAGAACUGGAUCAGGAAUAUUGAGGAGCAUGCAUCAUCAGAUGUGGAACGGAUGAUAUUGGGUAACAAAUGUGACAUGAAUGAUAAGAGACAAGUUUCAAAAGAAAGAGGGGAAAAGCUAGCUAUUGAUUAUGGAAUCAAGUUCUUGGAAACCAGUGCAAAAUCUAGCACAAAUGUGGAAGAGGGCUUUGUCACUCUUGCUAGAGACAUCAUGACAAGAUUAAACCGAAAAAUGAAUGAGAAUAACCCUUCAGGAGGAGGAGGAGCCGUGAAAAUCACAGAGAGUCGAUCCAAGAAGCCAAGCUUCUUCCGCUGCACUCUGCUCUAACCCGGCAACUUCUGCAGCCUCAGUGUGUGAAUGAUUAAUUUCUCUAUGUGUGUUUGAGCUCAGCGCGUGUGUGUUUGUGUGAGGGUUUACCGUACCACUGGACUUUCAGCUGUUAGCUGCUGCUGAGAGCUCUGGACUUUAGCCUGCCUCAUCUAUACGAAUUGAAGGCCUGAAGAUAGUGUG